AUGGCCAUGGACAAACGUACCAUCAAAAUUAUAGCUGCUGUGGUCACUGUUGUUCUCAUACUUGAAUUGGAAGUGUGGCCACGAUCAGAAGACUACAACAGAUAUGAACCACUUAUCCACUUUAGAGCAAGUGACCCUGGAAGUUGGCAUAUUUGGUACAAACGCAUCAAUGACUUCUUACGCGACUACGAGACCACGGUCCCUGAAGAACCACCUCGCGCCCCCUGCUCCAUCCAUCGGCACGACCAACGUCUUCCGGUACCAAGCUGCGAGCGAGCCCUCAACAUGUGGGCACCGUGUAACGCCGAUAACUUCUAUGGCUACGCAGCGGGGAAGCCUUGUAUCUUUUUGAGAUUGAACCACAUCCACUACUGGGUACCUGAGCCAUACAACGUGUCAAAGCCAAUGGAAAUUCCUCCAGAAAUGCCAAAUAAUAUCAAACAGUUUAUGCAACAACGUCCAGCCCACCAUUAUGGCGACUACAUCUGGGUCUCGUGUAACGGAGAGUUCAAUUCGGAUGAAGAGAACGUUGGUCCCAUCCAGUACAUCCCAGCGAACCUACCACCGGGCUUCCCCACCAACCGUCUGGCGACAGCUGAUCGCAUUCCUUAUUCGGCCAGAAGUCUGCCCGAUCCGAUACACGGACCGAUAGUGGCUGUGUUCUUUGAGAAUCCACGCCGCGGUGUCGUGAUCAACGUGGAAUGCCGCAUUUGGACUCGAGACAUCAUUUACCGAAGUUCAAGUCGUGUUGGGCACGCGCGCUUUGAACUAUACAUUCAGUGA